AUGACGCAGGAAAUAAUCGACAACAUCGCCGCCCAAGGCAUUUCCUACUACACACCAGCUCAGGACCCUCCGGCAGGCACGCAGAUCGAGGGAUCAACGAAGCUCUUCAGCCCCAUCACCAUCCGCGGUGUGACGUUUCCAAACCGCCUGUUCCUUGCUCCUCUCUGUCAGUACUCAUCCAAAGAUGGCUAUGUCAGUGAUUGGCACUUGACGCACUUGGGCGGAAUCAUCCAGCGCGGCCCGGGGUUAGCAAUCAUGGAGUCGACCGCCGUGCAGAAGGUGGGCCGCAUCACACCGCAGGAUAUCGGUCUCUACGAAGAUGGCCAUAUCGAGCCAUUGAAACGCAUCACGGAGUUUGCCCACAGCCAGAGUCAGAAGAUAGCUGUUCAAUUAGCCCACGCCGGUCGAAAGGCCAGUGCCGUUGCUCCCUGGUUGAGCGGCAACGCUAUGGCUGUUAAGGAAGUCGGUGGAUGGCCGGAUGAGAUCGUUGGCCCUUCGGCUAUCCCCCAUGAGCACGGAAUCAACACGAUUCCCAAGGCUCUGACCAGGGAGGAUAUUGAGGUGUUGAAGAAAGACUUCGGGGAGGCUGCGAAAAGGGCCAUCAAGGCCAAUUUCGAUGUUAUCGAGAUUCACGCCGGCCAUGGAUAUCUAUUACACCAGUUUAUGAGCCCUGUUAGUAAUCGAAGAACGGAUGAGUAUGGAGGGAGCUUUGAAAACAGGGUCAGACUGCUCUUGGAAGUUUGUGAGGUGGUUCGGGCUAGUAUCCCGACAACAAUGCCUCUACUGGUCCGGAUUAGUGCUACGGAUUGGUUCGAGUUCGACGAUAACUUAAAGAAAGAAUUUCCCGAGAGCUGGACACUUGCUCAGGCGGUUCAGCUCGCGCCCCUCUUGGCUGACUGCGGUGUCGACUUGGUGGACGUCAGCUCAGGUGGUGUGCACCCCAAAUCCGCAAUCGCCAUUCGCGCAGGCCCUGCCUAUCAGGUACAUCUCGCCCAAGAAGUCAAGAAAGCUGUGGGCGACAAGUUACUGGUAUCGGCUGUUGGUGGGAUUAAGACGGGGGCUCUGGCCGAGGAGGUGGUACAGUCUGGUAUUGAUGCAGUACAGGCUGGACGUUGGUUCCAGCAGAACCCUGGCUUGGUUCGCGCCUUUGCUAACGAGCUAGGUGUGAAGGUGAGGAUGGCCACUCAGAUCGACUGGAGUUUUGAUGGUCGUGGAAAGAAGGCACAGAAGAGCUCGUGA